AUGGCGUUUGAGCCUACCGUCAAUCUCUAUGUACCCAUUUGCUACGUGUUGGUUCAAGACAAGUCGCAAGAUAUGUACUGGCGGGUGCUAAAUGAGCUCAUCAUUUUGAGCAGCAAGAAGUUGGAGCCUGGAAACGUCACGUAUGACAUCGAAGUGGCGUUAAUUAACGCAGCUCUGGAGCAGUUUCCCGCGCCAAUCUCGUAG